UAAAUGGACGCUCUCUCUCCCUCGCGUUGCUUGCCCUCUCUCCUGAACCCAAGACGAGCGUUAAAACGCCAAUGGCCGCCGCCGCUUCAGUGAAACCCGUCGAGGUCUGCGUCAAGGCCGCUACCGGCGCUCCCGACAUCGUCGGCGACUGCCCUUUUUGUCAGAGAGUUCUUCUAACGCUGGAGGAGAAGAAGGUGCCCUACGAGUUGAAGCUGAUCAACCUCGACAACAAGCCCGAUUGGUUCUUGGCGAUCAGCCCCGAGGGGAAGGUGCCAGUGUUCAAGGCCAACGAUGACAAAUGGGUUCCCGAUUCGGAUGUCAUCACCCAGAUCAUCGAGGAGAAUUAUCCAAACCCUUCUCUUGUCACUCCCCAGGAAUACUCCUCCGUGGGAUCAAAAAUAUUCUCUUCUUUUGUCAAGUUUUUGAAGAGCAAGGAUCCCAAUGAUGGGUCAGAACAAGCAUUGCUUGAUGAAUUACAUGCACUGGAUGAGCAUCUUAAAGCUCAUGGCCCAUAUGUUAAUGGCGAGAACAUCUCAGCAGUUGACUUGAACCUCGCACCUAAGUUGUUCCAUCUCGAGAUAGCCCUCGAUCAUUUUAAAGGAUGGAAGAUACCAGAAAAUUUGACUUAUGUUCAUGCUUACAUGAAGGUGCAUGUAUGGUGUGCAUCCAUGCUUGUCUGGCUGCUUUUCAAUCGGGAGUCCUUCAUAAAGACCAAGGCAGCGGAGGAGCAUGUGGUUGCUGGAUGGGCGCCAAAAGUUAAUGCCUAAUGCUUGUGUAACUAGGUUAGGUCAAUGCUGUGUGCAUCCAAAUAAUAAUAUUUGUAAUGAGAGUUGAGGACUAUUGCUAUGUUUUUAUGUUCUUGUCUACAUUUAUAUUAAUAAGUUGUUGCUGAUAAUAGGAAGAUGAGGAUGGGAAUGGAGGUGGUAACUCAUGGUGGUACGAGAUAGGACUUGGAGACUGGCAUGUGUGUGUUUAAAGUUUGGUGUUGUCAAAUAAAAUAACAAGUUCUGAAAAGAAACUUAUAUGCUUCA